UAUGUCAUUUUUUGGAAAAGUCUUCCUUCUCACAGCCCUUGCUGGUUACAGUUACCUCCUCUUAACAGAUGUUACCUUAGGAAAACAAUUUGAUACCAAAUAUGCUAAUUUCUAACAAUAAGCAUUGAUCAAGCAAGUAUUCAAAUUCAAUCUAUAUAUUCAAGUACAUUCCAGCUGAUGUUUUCAAACAUGUUCCAGCACUUUUAGCCAAAUAAAUUGUUGGAGGCCUUUUAGCAAGUUCUGUCUUGCUUUUUAUAUGUGGAGGGUAUUAAACACAAUUUAAUUUUUUAAGUUUCGUCGUAUUUCCUGUUCUUGGUUUGUUAUUACAAAUUGCCAUCCAAAGCAAUCCCUUAUUUAGUAAUGAUCAAGUCACAUAAAUUGAAUGUCUUAAGCUCACAGCAUUGAUUGGAGGAUUAUUAAUUUGGGCUACAUCCAAUUGUUGUACUAAAUAGACAACUAAAACAAAAACAGAGUGAU